AUGAUCGAUGCGCUGCCCAAGGAUACCCAUCCCAUGACCCAGCUGGCCAUGGGUUUGCUAGCACUCCAGCCCACCAGUGACUUUGGCAAGGCAUACCGCUCUGGCAGCGUGAAGAAGACAGAGUAUUGGACCCACACCUUGGAGGAUGCGCUGUCCCUGGUAGCAAAGACGCCCAUUUUGGCUGCCCGCAUCUUCCGCAAUGUCUUUGCAGAGGGCAAGCAUAUCCCCAGCGACCCAACCAUGGACUGGGCGGGAAACUACGCCCAGAUGCUCGGUGUGUCCAAAGAUCCCCUCUUCAUGGAUGUGACGCGCUUGUACCUGAUGCUCCAUGCAGACCACGAGGCGGGCAACGUUUCCGCGCACACGACGCACCUGGUGGGUAGUGCCUUGAGCGACCCGUACUAUUCCUACGCUGCUGGUGUGUGUGGUUUGGCCGGGCCCUUGCACGGUCUCGCCAACCAGGAGUGCCUGCGUUGGUUGAAGAACACCAAAGCCGAGCUCGGCAGCCAGGAGCCCACUGUGGAGCUGCUCACACAGUUUGCCAAGGACACACUGGCCUCGGGCAAGGUCAUCCCGGGCUUCGGCCACGGUGUGCUGCGCAACACAGACCCGCGCUACACCAUCCAGCGGCAGUUUGCCCAGGACAACUUCCCCAAUGACCCCCUGGUGAAGCUUGCGGAGGUCUGCUUUCAGGCCAUUCCGCCUGUUCUGGAGGCGACCGGAAAGGUGAAGAACCCAUGGCCCAACGUGGAUGCUCUGUCAGGCACCUGCAUGCAGUACUUCGGCCUGAACCAAGAAGAUUACUACACAGUGAUCUUCGCAGUGUCCCGAGCUUUGGGCGUCACCUCCAACCUGGUGUGGCCGCAGCCACAGGAUGGAAUGCGGGAGAGACUGGAGAGCUCCUGUGGUGUUGUGGCAAGGUCUGAGAGGUCUUCUCAAAGAGCAAACCAUCUAAAACCCUACAUCCUUUUCAAACCUUGCUAA